UCCCCCCAAGUGGCACCACUGUGGUGUGAGAGGUGGAGAGUAUCUAGGAGACUAGAGAUGCGGUCUGGGGCGGCGUAGCGGGCGGCGUGGUCGGCGGGUGGGUAGCGUGGUCGGGGGUAGCUGGCUGGCUGGCGGCACGCCGUGGGACCCUGUUCCCCCCGCUGCCCGCGAAUGGCACCCCAAGUGGCACCGCGAUGGUGGUGGGAGACUAGAGAUGCGGUCUGGGGCUGCGUACGGUCGGUGUGGUCGGCGUGGUCGGCGGCUGGCGGUCGGGGGGUAGCUGGCGGGCGGCACGCGGCGGGCGGCACGCGACGGGCUAUUGAUUUUAUCGCUCUGCUAUGGGCUGCUGGGUGCGAGCGGUUGUUGCGAGGCUGCUGGCUAUCGUGCUUGGGCGGGCUGUUGUCGUGCUCAGGCGCCCCGUUGGACUUGUUGUCGCUCGGCUAUCGUGUCUGGGCUGCUAUGUGGUGUUUGCUGUGUGAUGUUUGCUGUGUGGUGGCUGGGCGUACGCUGUUGCUAGCUACUGUGCUGGCUACUGUACUGUGGACUGGUGGCUGUCGUGUUGUUGCUGGCUGCUGUGUGAGCGUGGUGGCUGGCGUCGUGUUGUUGCUGGCUGCUGUGCUGGCUGCUGUGGGCUGGCUGGGCGCGCGCAGUUGCGGCGGCUGCGUGGCCUGUGUCGUCCGGCGGGCUGCUGGCUUGUCUGGGCUGGUAGGCGAGCGGUUGUCGCUGGCUGGGCGUGGUGUCGUGUUCGCUGGCUGUUAUGGGCGGUGUCGUUGCCAGCGUUUCACUCAGAUCAGAGCAGAUAUGGGCCCAUAUCUGAUUUGACCAAUGAAUACGGGACCAUUAUCUGUUUGAUUUGAUAGAUUUGACAGAUAUCUG